CAAAUGGCUAAUUAUCCUUCUCCACCACCUUAUUCUGGGGUUUGUAGCAGUCCAAGCGGUGUUGGUAAAGUAUCGUCAAGUGCGUCUGUUGGGUCUCCAAACUUCUCUGGAGGAUCUGCUAGUUCACCGUCGUUUACUCCAAUUCUUCCACCUAGAUUUGGACCCAAUCCGGUUGAAAUGGAUUGUCCAAAUUGUGAUUCGCGUAUUUUAACCAACACGACUACUAAGGAUGGUGCUCUUACUUGGAUUGUUUGCUUCUCAUGUUUUCUUACUGGAGGUUGUUUUUUUGGCAUCUGCUGUUUUUUCUGUUGGGUACCUUUUUGCAUUGAGGAUUGUAUGGAUAUUGUUCAUUCUUGUAAGUUUUUAUUCUUUCGUGUUAAUAUAAAAUUAGUUUCUACCCAUAUUUGUGAAGACUUUCAUUUUACUAUCAGUAUUCUGAUGGGAUUUAAAGUUUAAA